AUGGAGUUGAGGUCCAACAGAGGGGAAAAGAAGCAGAAAUGGACACAUGAUAACCUGCCUUUCUCUCUUUCCUCCUCCUCCCACUUGCAGAAAAAGAGUAGGGCAGCCACUGCCCGUCGGCAGCACCUGAAGAGUGCUAUGCUCCAGCUUGCUGUCAGUGAAAUAGAAAAGGAAACAGCUGCUAAGGAGGUGGAAAAGCAGAACUACCUGGCAGAGCACUGUCCUCCUCUGUCAUUGCCAGGAUCUAUGCAGGAGCUUCAGGACCUGUGCAAAAAGCUUCAUGCCAAGAUAGACUCAGUGGAUGAAGAGAGGUAUGACACAGAGGUGAAGUUACAGAAGACUACCAAGGAGCUGGAAGACUUGAACCAGAAGCUGUUCGACCUCAGGGGCAAGUUCAAGCGGCCGCCUCUGCGCAGGGUGCGCAUGUCUGCUGACGCUAUGCUGCGGGCUCUGCUGGGCUCCAAGCACAAGGUCAACAUGGACCUCCGCGCCAACCUGAAGCAAGUCAAGAAGGAGGACACUGAGAAGGAGAAGGACCUUCGCGACGUGGGUGACUGGCGGAAGAACAUCGAGGAGAAGUCUGGCAUGGAGGGCAGGAAGAAGAUGUUUGAGGCGGGCGAGUCCUAA